UCCAACAUGGCGGCUGCGGCGACCCUGGCGAUGGCGGUGGAGCCCAUCAGAACAUAGUAGCGGGGAAGGGGGCACGGUCCGCUCUCACCGUGGCGUCGGCGGAGACGGCUGAGGGUGGUGGAGGGAAGAAAAGCGACGGAAAGCAAAAGGAAGGGCGGGCAGGCACGCAACGAGGCGUAGAAGCGAGCGCCGGCUUCAGCGAAAGCAGAGGGCCAGAACAGUGGGGAUGGCGGAGCCGCGCAGAGUAGCGUUCAUUAGCUUGUCACCGGUGAGGCGACGCGAGGCCGAGUACCCGGGGGCCGAGCGCGAGCCUGAGUACCCCCGUGAGCCCCCCGGUUCGGAGCCACAGCCGUACCGCGAGCCGGCCCGGGCGGAGCCGCCGGCCCCGCGGGAUCCUGCCCCCCGCUCGGACGCGCGGCCCCCGCCGCGGGAGAAGCCUCUCUCCCAGCGCGAGGUCAGCCGUGCCGAGCCGCCCAUGUCGCUGCAGCGCGAGCCCCCGCGGCCCGAGCCGCCGCCGCCGCCGCCGCCGCCGCUCCCGCAGCUGCCCUUGCAGCCACCCCCGCCGCGGGAGUCAGCUUCCCGGGCCAAGCAGCCGCCACGGCCGCCGAGGGAGACUGUUCGGCUGGAGCUGGUGCUUAAGGACCCCACCGACGAAAGCUGCGUGGAGUUCAGUUACCCGGAGCUGCUGCUGUGCGGAGAACAACGGAAGACGCUCAUUCAUACAGAAGACCCAUUUAAUGAUGAGCAGCAGGAAAGGCAGGAAGUGGAAAUGUUGGCUAAGAAGUUUGAAAUGAAAUAUGGUGGGAAAUCCCGUAAACACCGGAAGGAUCGGCUACAAGAUUUAAUUGAUAUAGGCUUUGGCUAUGAUGAGACAGAUCCAUUUAUUGAUAACUCAGAGGCUUAUGAUGAAUUAGUUCCUGCUUCUCUGACAACAAAAUAUGGAGGCUUUUAUAUCAACACUGGUACUCUACAGUUUCGCCAAGCUUCAGAUACUGAAGAAGAAGAUACUACAGAAAACCAAAAGCACAAGCCACCCAAAGUUCCCAAAAUAAAAGAAGAUGAUAUUGAGAUGAAGAAGCGGAAACGGAAAGAGGAAGGGGAAAAGGAGAAGAAGCCAAGGAAGAAAGUCCCCAAACAGCUUGGAGUUGUGGCUCUAAAUUCACACAAGUCUGAAAAAAAGAAGAAACGUUAUAAAGAUUCUCUUUAUCUAGCUGCCAUGAUACGAAAAUUUCAAAAAGAGAAGGAUGCAUUAAAGAAGGAGUCUAACCCUAAAAUCCCAGUGACCUUAUCGACCUCCUCUCUGAAUAAACCCCCUUGUGCUGCUGCAGCAUUGGGGAAUGAUGUCCCAGACCUAAAUCUCAACAGCGCUGAUCCAGACCUUCCCAUUUUUGUUAGCACAAAUGAACAUGAACUCUUUCAGGAAGCUGAAAAUGCCCUAGAGAUACUAGAUGAUUUCGACUUUGACAGAUUACUGGAUGCUGCUUCUGAUGGUAGCCCCCUAUCUGAGUCAGGGGGAGAAAAUGGAAACACCACCCAGCCAACCUACACCUCUCAGGUUAUGCCCAAGGUGGUACCUACACUCCCAGAGGGUCUACCUGUACUUCUUGAGAAACGUAUCGAAGACCUCCGUGUAGCUGCCAAACUUUUUGAUGAAGAAGGGAGGAAAAAAUUCUUUACACAGGAUAUGAAUAAUAUCCUUCUAGACAUUGAGUUACAGCUACAAGAACUAGGCCCUGUCAUUCGUAGUGGUGUGUAUUCCCACCUUGAAGCUUUUGUGCCAUGCAAUAAAGAAACACUGGUAAAACGUCUAAAGAAGUUACAUCUGAAUGUCCAGGAUGAUCGUUUAAGAGAACCCCUGCAGAAACUGAAACUGGCUGUUAGCAAUGUCAUGCCUGAACAGCUGUUUAAAUACCAGGAGGAUUGCCAGGCUCGCAGUCAAGCUAAGUGUGCCAAAUUACAAACAGAUGAAGAACGAGAAAAAAAUGGAUCUGAGGAAGAUGAUGAUGAGAAGCCAGGGAAGCGUGUCAUAGGACCAAGAAAAAAAUUCCACUGGGAUGAUACCAUCAGAACCUUGUUAUGUAACCUUGUUGAGAUCAAAUUGGGAUGCUAUGAGUUAGAGCCAAACAAAAGCCAGUCUGCUGAGGAUUAUCUUAAAUCCUUCAUGGAGACAGAGGUAAAGCCCUUGUGGCCUAAGGGCUGGAUGCAGGCAAGAAUGCUUUUUAAGGAAAGCCGAAGUGUGCAUAACCAUCUUACUUCUGCUCCGGCAAAGAAAAAGGUGAUUCCUGCACCUAAACCCAAAGUAAAAGAGGUGAUGAUAAAGACCCUUCCUCUCCAUUCUUUCCCCAGUAUGCUUAAGGAGUGUAGUCCAAAAAAGGAUCAGAAAACUCCUGCAUCGUUGGUGGCUUCGGUUGGCGGUCCUCCAACAAGCUCAAACACAUCUGCCGUUGCUAUAGCCAGCUCCAGCUCUGCACCAGCCCAAGAAACCAUCUGCCUCGACGACUCACUAGAUGAAGACCUUUCUUUCCAUUCACCUUCACUGGAUCUUGUUUCUGAAGCUUUAGCUGUUAUCAACAGUGGGAACAAGGCCCCUGCAGUUGGCUCAAGGAUAAGCAUGCCAGCUACAAAACCUCGUCCAGGACUGAGAGAAGAAAAAUUAGCAAGUAUCAUGAGUAAGCUGCCACUGGCUACCCCCAAAAAACUAGAUGCUACUCAGACUGCACAUUCUUCAAGUCUAAUUGCUGGUCACACAGGGCCAGUACCAAAGAAACCCCAGGAUUUAGCUCAUACUGGCAUCUCUUCUGGCCUUAUUGCUGGUUCUUCAAUUCAGAACCCUAAAGUUUCUUUAGAACCAUUGCCAGCCAGGCUACUUCAGCAAGGACUACAGAGGUCAAGCCAGAUUCACGCUUCUUCCUCUUCACAAACUCACAUCUCCUCCUCUUCCCAAGCCCAAAUUGCUGCCUCCUCUCACACUCUGGGAACAUCUGAGGCCCAAGAUGCUUCUUCAUUAACACCUGUAACAAAGGUGCACCAGCAUUCGGCUGUCCAACAGAACUACGUGUCUCCAUUACAAGCCACGAUUAGUAAAUCACAGACCAACCCAGUGGUGAAAUUAAGUAAUAAUCCCCAACUUUCCUGUUCAUCCCCACUUAUUAAGACUUCAGAUAAGCCACUUAUGUACCGCCUUCCAUUAUCAACCCCCUCACCUGGAAAUGGUUCUCAAGGGUCCCACCCCCUGGUUUCUAGGACAGCACCUAGCACCACUACCUCCAGUAACUAUUUAGCCAAGGCUAUGGUGUCACAAAUCUCCACGCAGGGUUUCAAAUCUCCCUUCACAAUGGCCGCAUCCCCCAAACUUGCCGCAUCUCCUAAACCUGCCACAUCCCCUAAACCCUUGCCCUCACCUAAGCCUUCUGCCUCACCCAAGCCCUCUCUGUCAGCUAAGCCUUCAGUAUCAACUAAACUUAUUUCUAAAUCCAACCCAACUCCUAAGCCUACUGUAGCCCCAAGUUCUUCCAGUACAAAUGCACUAGUAGCCCAGAGUAGCCACUCCAGUAGUAACAACCUAGUCCAUAAACAGCCCAGUGGAAUAAACAUCAGCAGACAGUCUCCCACCUUGAAUUUAUUGCCUACUAAUCGCACUUCGGGCCUUCCAUCUACAAAAAAUCUUCAGGCCCCUUCAAAGCUAACAAACUCACCAUCCACUGGAACUGUUGGCAAGAACAGCUUGAGUGGAAUUGCGAUGAAUGUACCUGCCAGCAGAGGUAGCAACCUUAGCUCAAGCGGAACUAAUAGGACUAGUCUGUCCGGGGGAACAGGAAGUGGAACACAGGGUGCUACUAAACCGUUGUCUACUCCACAUAGACCAUCCUCUGCCUCAGGGUCUUCAGUGGUAACAGCCAGUGUGCAGUCCACAGCAGGAGCAUCAUUAUUGGCUAAUGCCUCACCUCUGACUCUCAUGACAUCACCUUUGUCUGUAACAAAUCAAAAUGUGACUCCUUUUGGGAUGCUGGGUGGCCUUGUUCCAGUGACCAUGCCCUUCCAGUUUCCCUUGGAGCUACUUGGCUUUGGAACGGACACCGCUGGAGUGACAACCACCUCGGGAUCUACCUCAGCUGCUUUCCACCACAGCCUAACUCAGAAUUUACUAAAGGGUUUACAGCCAGGAGCUCAGCAUGCAGCAACACUUUCCCACUCACCUCUGCCUGCACACUUACAACAGACAUUUAAUGAUGGAGGCCAAAGUAAAGGGGACAGUAAAUUACCACGGAAAUCUCAGUGACUUCCCAGCAAGCAAAGGAGAUGAAACAUUUAGUUGGCUGAUGGAAUCUACCUGAUGGGAAAGUACUUAUGUGGUCAUAGGGCUGCUGUUUCUGUCAAUGUUUACAUUCUCUCGUCCCAAGCACUGUGGUGAGGAGGAAAAGGAAAAGAAAACAUUACUUGAGCAAAGCCAGGUGCAGGAGGAAGAAAUGCUUUUGUGCAAAAUCAGUGACCUUUGGUCUCUUCUAAAGAAAGAAAGUUAACAUAUUAACUGACUUGAGAGAGACUCAGUUGUCAAACCCACAGAUGUACAAAUUUUAAUUUUCCCGGGGGAGAAAGAAAGAAAUCAAAAGGAUUUGGGUAAACUUCAUCCAUCCUGGGGGUUAGAUCUGAACACUUACAGGGACAUAGGUACAUAAUAAAAGUCAGUAGAUAAUUAGGCCAGUUUGUCAGGAAUUGUGAAUCAUGUCUAUUCAGGUGACUGUGUAGCAAACUUGCCACAAAAAAAAAAAAAAAAAAAAAAAAAAAAUUGAAUGGCUCUGUCCCAUAUAGACAAUAGCUGAAGAAUAUCGUACCCUCAAAAAUCCUGAGCAAACUUGAAUUUUUUCCAGUGUAUAGUGACUCCCCAUAUAAAUCAGUGGACUAAAGAUGCUUUGGGAAAGUUAUUUUAGCACAGUGAUAUAUAUUAGUAAAUCUAGAUUUUUCUCAAAAUCAGAAAGUUGAGCCUAUUGUUCUUAACAGAAAAAACAUAGAAGUCCCCUUUUUGUGAAAGGGUCAAUUUCAACUUUCAUUCAGAAGCAGGUACUUAACUCUUCUUCAGGGGAUUUGUACAUCUGGUAACGACUAGUUAUUCUUACGUCCUUUCUUGAUGUUAAAAUAUGACUGUGUUCAGAUUUUUUUCUUAAGAAAUGGGGAGCUUUGAUACACGAUGCUGCUUUGUUGCUCUUAGUGUUUGCAGUGACAUGCACUGUAAGUUUCCCUUCAAAUUCACUUCACACCUCCUUCUGUUCUUUUAAUGAUGGGAUUUCAGGUGAUGAGGAGCUGUUGAUAUGAACAGGUAGAAGCGUAUGCUUUGUUUCUUCAUUGGUCAUUCAUAUGGUAUGAAUGUGGCUUCUGAAUUUUUAAGAUGAUAUGUGGAUCAUUAGGAAAGUUUUGAGAUACACAAAGAUCAUGAAAUGUAAAAUCCACGCACAUGAAAGCAGACGUCCUGCCAGCAACACCCACAGCGAGCAAGUUGAAACUUGCUGGCUGCAGCAAAAAGGGCGCUGUUGACCACAUUUCUUAGAAGUGAAAUAAUGGAUAACACAGCCUAUCUCAAAACUUUGAUGGUGAACCAUGUAUUUUAAAGGGAGGAAUUAUAUCAGGAUAACAAUCACAGUGUAUUUUUACCCCCUAUAUCCAGUGUAGUGGAACUGUUGGAGCAUUUGGGAUCCUAAAGCUUUACUGAUACUCAGAGUAUUGAUAGGUGAGUAAACCUGCUGAUGGUAAGACUUCUUAGUAAUUAUAGCUUCCUUAUGCAGAUAGGAUAUUCAACAAAGGAUGUUAAGGGAAAAAUUUAUAGUUCUCUUUGGGUACGUUUGAUUUUUUUUUUUAACCUCUGGAUCAUUCUAGUAUCUCUUGUUUUUUAAGUUUCUGAAUGUUUUCAGACUAUAUCCAAUAAUGGUCUAAGCUCUAAAUAGUAUAAACUUGGUCCAUUUAUAAUGACAGACUAACUUAAAAGUAUUAGACUGGUAGUACUAAGAUUUCUUGCAUUUGUUUUUAUUACAUAUUACUCUAUACUGUUAAGUUUAUUCAAAUAAGAGUAUUAAACAGACCCUUUUUUCCUUUGUAAACAAAAGUCCCCAAUAGCCUACAGGACUGUGAAUAAAUAACCUCAGGUCUGUUCAGAUCUGUUGCCUUUAUUUUGACUUCAAAGUCACAUUGGCUUGCUUCAUAGCAAAAAAGUUAAUGAAUAACUGAAAACUUUAGUUCCAAGAAAUUGUUACAGGAAGGGGAAAGAAUUAUUAUUUCAAAGAAUUCAUCAGUAUAAUUUCUUGCUUCUAAGAAUUUAUUUUACCAAUAAAACAAAUAUGGGUGUUGGAGGAUCUCAAUAGAUAAUUUGAAAGGAUGCUGGGGUGUUGUAGAGAUUUGCCUUCAAUCCCGGAUGUCUGAUUGAAGUUGGCUUAAUUUUAACUGGGGAACCUAACCCAAUUCUUGAUUUGUUCCAGUGUAGUGGGCCUCUUAUGUUUAUUUGAAAAAUAAAGUCUUUGCUAAUAUUUAAUACUAUCUGGGCAAAUUAUGGGAGUUUUCCUUUAGGAAGUUAGCCUUUGUUUUAUUUCUCAUACCAGGAGAGAAUCAAAGUGCAUAUUAAUCUCUCUUCCUCCUGAUGAUUAUAUGUGUAUUUGUAUGUAUACACACACAUAUGUGUAUUCAUAUAAAUUACUAAUUUGAAUCAAAACAUAAUUUCUUAAAUCCAUCAAUUCUGAAUCAUGCCAUAUGAAAAUUCCUGAUGACUUUGUCAUCAUUAGAAAAGAACAGAAUAAUUAGUUCUUUCCUCCUGUAUCAUUUUAUACUAACCAGUAAAAAUAUCUGAAUGUCCUUGGCUCUAAAAAUAUAAUAUAGAGAUUAUGUUCUAUUCUCUUCAGUCUAGAGUCUUUGAGGACUGUUGUGGGUUCUUCCCCUUAACCCACCCCCAUUUCUACUGACCACUCACAUCCGUUUCAAUGAAGACUUCCCCUUUUAUGUUGUACAAAUGAGUCCACCAUACUUAUAUAUCUUCAUAGACAAAGUAGGUCUAAGAGUUUCUACAUGUAAAUAUAAAUAUUUCUUUUCUAAAUCAUAACAUUAAAAAUGGUGUCCGUACUUUAUGGUCACCCAUCUUUACAGUUUUUAUUACUAGAAAACAAACAUAUAAAUUGGUUAUUUUUUAACACAGAGACUUGUGACUCACACUGUAUUUUUGCACUUGAAAAUCAAAUUAUGUUAUUUUUGAAAAUGGUAAUUGGAAAGGAUAUCUAUAGAACAAUGUGUAUUUCUGAAGAGCAUUAGCAACAUCCAGAUGCAGAAAUGAUCAGCACACUUAAUUAUGUCCCACUCAGCGGGAUUCUUGAUUCAGGAAGAUUAAACUGUUUGUUUUCAACUGUCUUAUAUUUUAAAUUGCCUUCACUGAUAUAUAAGCUGUUACUGUACAUACAAGUUAAUCCUCAGUAUUCACAAGCAAUAAUGGUCAGCAGAGUCGUCCUCAGAGACAGCAAUGCUGAGCUUCAGUUGGAGACUGGGAGCAAAGUGUCAAGCUCAUUCAGAGCCUCCAGAAUAAUUGCAAGCAAUAAUUUCCUUUAUAAAUUAGUUCUUAUAACUCUUUCUCAUAUGCUUCUGAGAUCAGAUAGUAAACAGAUCAUGAUUUUUAAAACAACCUGAAGAAGACAGGUUUGGGGAAAAGAAGUGAGGUUUAAUCUUUAGUCACAAGGUCCUGAUAUUUUGAGGAGAUCAGAGUAUUGUGUUAGUACAUUAUUUCUUGCCCACCACCCCUUUGAUGGAUGUUGUUAGCCCAAAUUGCAUUUUCUUACAUUAUAGAUGUUGAGUAGGGUUUAUUAAAUCACCACGGUAAAAGGCAGAACCGGGCAACAUACAUGUUUGGAUACUGUGGGUUUGACACCUGUUUGAAAACAACUUACUGGAAAUGAUUUUUCACCCAGGAUAUUUUUUUUCCCAAAGCAGAUCUAAAUUGUUUACUACCCAGGGUUGGAAAGGGCAGGCACCACUAGUCUUUCUCUGCUGGUGGCCCUCUCCCACACCCAUUUCCGCCUCUACUUGGUUCAAGACAUUUUCUGAAAUGAAAAUUCUACUGUUACUCAAACUGCCAUUGAUAUGAGAGCUCUGUGUCCUUUGGGAUCAUCUCUUAGAACUCCAGUUAUCUAUCAUAUUUGCUGCUAUGUUUGUAAGAUGAACUUUGCCUGUAUUGGUUGACUUUAAUCUAAUUUACAGUUCUUUAUUUCUGAAAGAUUUUGUCCUAUGAUUUGACCCAUGUAUUGAAUUAGGAAACUUUAUUUUGGGAGUGUAUCAUAAAAGCACACUGGUCCCUAUAUUGUUUUUAUCAUUUAGGUUUUGAAUUUGUUUGUCUUUGUUUUGUUUUUUAAGUUGGAAAUAGAACGAAAAAAUCUAUAAUUAGGCCAAACUUGAGAACUUUCCCUGUGCUUCAGCACUAUAAUUUCUGCUGACCUAAUGUUCUCAAAAGAGACACUUUUACCCUCUAUUGUGCAUGUUUGAUUGGUUUCUUUCUUUGUUUUAUUUUUUGCUUUUGGGGGCUUUUGUUUCUGUAAUAAUAAAGCAGAAGAAAGUGCAGUAGUAGAUAAAUGAUCACAGACAUGCAAUUUUAUUUUAUGAAGUUUUAAUGGGAAAAGUUUAACUCUGUAAAUCAUUUCUUAGCUCUGGUAAAGUGCUUAUAUUACUGCUCUGAAACAUCCUCAAUUCAGGCCUUUGUCUUUGUUAAGUGCCUUUUUCUUUCUUUUUUUCCUCUUUUGAAACUGUUCUCAGAUAAACUAUAGGCUAAGGCAGGGGAUUCAAGAGGAAGAAUCUCAAACUUGCCACCACCAUGUCAUGCUGUCACCCUCUUUUCUUCAUUUGGAUAUAUGUCUAAGAUCCAUAUAUCCACACAUACAUCUAUAUAAACGCAGUAGCUGCUGUACCAUUGCAUCCUUUCCAGACACCCCCACCAGUGUUUGCAAAGCCUCUGCCUUGUUUAUUCCAUUGCUUUUAGUUGAUUGAAAUAGGCAGAUUGGGAAAUUAUCUUUUCACAAGAUGCUGUCUUCCCCUCUUGAAUACCUGUUUGUAGAAGUUAAUAACAACAAAACAUAUAUACAUAUACAUAUUAAGUCAGUUAUUACAAGUAAAAUAAAUGUAAUGGACUCAUUGACUAUUCCUGGGUGUAACCCACUGCUGUAUGCCCUUCAAACUAGGCAUAAGCAAUAUUGAGAAAGCAUUGGAAUAACAAGUAUCUUGUGGGUGAGAUUGGUAGGGUGUACUGUGGUAGGUGAGACUGAAUACAUGGGAGGGCUGGUGUCACAAGUGUGGUAUGGUAUCUGAAUCAGUUUUGUAGGAAGUUAGCAGCUUUGUCCGCAUCAAAAGUGUAUCAUUUCCUUUUGGGAAAUGAUUUUUGAAAUCAUAUAGCUGCAUAUCUGUUAAAAGGUUAAUAAAUUUAGAAAGACUUCCGAUACUGAGGAAAACACUCGUAUAAUCUAUAGCAUUCUUGAGAUAUCUUCCGUUUUCUUUUUAUUUGCCAAAUGAUUACAUUUGGCUUAAUCCGAUUUUAUGAUUAUUUAGAUUUCUCCCUUGAGCAAAAUAACAUAAUCUUCAGCAUCUAAGAUUCAUCUGUUUCUUGUUUAAAACAAAUAAAUGUGACAUGUUAAGGGAGACUAAGUUGAACCAUCCCUCACACCCAGUACAAAUGUGUCUAAUAAGUGCCCCCUUUUUAAAUAAAUUCUAAUUGGAAAGAAUAGACUUAUGGCUAAAAAGGAGAAAGCACAGGCUCCUGGUAAUAUAGCCUGAUAGCAAAACUACUGUCAGGUGCCAGAGUUCAUUUGCAAGUAUUACUCUUGAAUUUUACUAUGUCUAGGGGGGAAAUCACUUAACCUUCGUGCCUCAGAUUACCCAUUAGACGAUUGGGUAUAAUAAUAUUCACCUACCUCCCAGGGAUAUCAGAGACUUUACUAUUUCAAAAAUAUUUUGAGUUUUUCUAAAAUGUCCUAUAUAAGUAAAAAUAGUAUUAUCAUCUUCCUGCAAAGGCUAAAAAAUGUUUUCCUUGUGAUGAGUAUAAAAAGGACCCUAUGAUUUUUAAGUUCAAAAAAAAAAUCACUGGAAUUCUAAUUUAGAU